AUGUCGUGCUCUUUUGUCAUCACAGCUUUGGUAUCCCACCUUGCGUCAAUUAAGGCACUCAAUGGCAAUUAUGAGGAGUGGCUUGAAUCCCUAACUGUGACGCUAGCACUCAUGCUUUUGGACAUUACUAUGUUAACUGAUGAGCCUCCUAAACCUACGACUGCAAGUAAUGCUGAAGCCAAGGCUCUCUCAAAAGAGUGGGAGGAAUCAAAUCGUUUGUGUACCUUGGUUAUAAGGCACACCAUUGAUAAGUCUAUUAGAGGGAGUAUAAUUGAACCAAAGAAGGCCACAUAUUUUUUGACAGCAGUUGCUAAGAAAUUUAAGAAAUUUGACAAGGCAGAAAGGGGAACAUUUGAAGAUGUUCUCAAACACAAGGAAAAAUUUGCCAAAAGGUGA